AUGGCUACUCCUUCAAAAAGAUGGCUUCCUCUUGAAGCUAACCCUGAUGUCAUGAACCAGUUCCUUUCUGGUCUUGGUCUUCCGGAGGAUCAAGCUGGGUGCUACGAUGUUUAUGGAUUGGAUGAAGAGCUUUUGGAAAUGGUUCCACAGCCUGUUCUUGCUGUGCUUUUUCUUUACCCUCUCACCGCCAAGUCUGAAGAGGAGAGGUUGCAACAGAAUAAAGAAAAAACGGAAUAUAACAAGAAAGUGUAUUUUAUGAAUCAAACUGUGGGUAAUGCUUGUGGGACAAUAGGGCUUCUUCAUGCUCUUGGUAACAUAACUUCUGAAAUCAAGUUUGUUGAGGAGUCGUUCUUUGAUAAGUUCUUCAAAUCUACUGCAAACUUGGACCCAAUGCAGCGUGCUUUGUUUCUUGAGAAUGACUCAGAGAUGGAGGUGGCUCAUUCUGUAGCAGCCACUGCUGGUGAUACAGAGGCAUCAGAUAACGUCGAUACUCAUUUCAUCUGCUUUGCUUGUGUGGAUGGUGAACUUUAUGAGCUUGAUGGAAGAAAGUCAGCACCAAUAUCACACGGCCCGUCCUCACCAAGUACUCUGUUGAAGGAUGCAGCUAAAGCCAUCCAGAGCAUAAUUCAGAAGAAUCCAGAUUCUAUCAAUUUCAAUGUCAUUGCAAUAUCAAAGAAAGAGUGA